AUGUCUGCUAUGGUAUUUCGCCUUCCGUUUCUCGGCGCAAACGGUGUCGAGGAAGACGACUUUGAGGAUGAUGGUUUAGAGAGCCCACGAGACGACGCUGGAUUCUUUUAUCUUCCUCGUGAACAGCCAAUGGAAACAGCGGAAAGCCAAGAGUCUAUUGCGCGCGCAAAGCGACGCAGCAGCCAACAUGAACCCGCCCGGUCCACACCUGAGAAGAAGCCAUCGCAAUCUCAGUCAGCAACGGGAAGUGAGGAGAAAAGCGCUGAAAAAAAUACGCCUCCGGCCAGGGGAUCUGCUAGGAAGCGCCAGCAAACUGCAAUGUCGGACUCACACCCCAAAAGUGAGCCUCGUUCGGCGGUCAAGAAGCGCAGAGGCGGCAAAAAUGCGCAGGUCAAGGAUGACAUUGAAAGCCCCGAGAGGGACGCGGAUCAGGAUGAGGAGGAAGAGAGCGGUGGGAACUGGGAAGUGGAAAAGAUUGUCGACGCGCGCAUUGAGGCCGAAACCUACAUCCAUUGGUACCGAGUGAAGUGGAAAGGCUGGUCUGCCAAGCACAACACUUGGGAGCCAAAGAAGAACCUGGCCAACUGUCAGGACCUCAUCGACGAGUUUGAAGCCCUCCAGGAAAAGGAGAACAGAACGGCUAAGAAGCCAAACAAGAAUAAGUGA